GAUUUCAAAGACAAACUUCCCCGCAACGGCUGGAGAACAUCGUAAUAAGAGCGUAACGUGCCGUCCUAGUCAUCUGAAUUAACAUUCACCAUAACUCCCGCGUCCCAAAGUACCCCUUGUACCCAAAACAUACUUCCUGUGCAUCAUCUCGGAACAUCACAAUGGGCAAGAAGCGCGUUCUCAUUUCCUACGGUGUGGAUGUUGAUGCUGUCGCGGGGUGGUUGGGAUCAUAUGGCGGCGAAGAUAGUACCAGCGACAUCAGUCGAGGAAUAUUUACCGGUACUGUAGGCACGCAGCGUCUCUUGAAGAUGUUCAAGAAGACGACUUGGUUCAUUCCAGGCCACAGUUUGGAGAUGUUUCCCAAAGACAUGGCAGCAGUGCGCGACGCUGGUCACGAAAUCGGUUUGCAUGGGUACAGCCAUGAGAAUGCAGUUGACAUGACAAUCGAGCAGCAACGAGACGUCCUUGACAAGACAUAUCGCAUGCUGACCGACUUCGUUGGGACACCGCCUAGAGGUAGUGUUGCACCAUGGUGGGAAACCAGCCGUGAAGGUGCCGAGUUGUUGCUGUCAUAUGGUAUCGAAUAUGACCACAGCAUGAGCCAUCACGACUGCCAGGCUUAUUACCUGAGGACUGAUGACUCCUGGACCAAGAUCGGCUACAACAAGCAAGCGAAAGAAUGGAUGAAGCCUCUGGUCAAGGGCCAAGACACAGGUCUGGUCGAAAUACCUGCGAACUGGUACCUGGAUGAUCUACCACCUCACAUGUUCAUAAAGGGUUCACCCAACAGCCAUGGUUUUGUCAAUGCACGAGACACCGAAGACCUGUGGCGUGACCAUUUUGACUACUUCUACAGGGAGCACGACGAAUUUAUCUUCCCGAUCACUAUCCAUCCAGAUGCUUCUGGCAGACCGCAUCUACUAUUGACGCACGAAAGACUGGUCGAGCACUUCAUGAAGCACGAAGGCGUGGAAUUCGUCACGAUGGAGGAGAUUGCAGACGAAUUCAAGAAGAAGAAAGUACCCCCUGAGGGAGCUCUGAUGCCGGCCGAAGCAGGACUAAAGCUGAAGGAAAAGCCCUUGUAG